GACUACCUGGCUCACAUCAUCGAUCAGUCCGACCAGUCGGAUCUGUCGAUCCGUCCUGAGCUGGUCUGCGCUCUCUUUGGAAACAUCGAGGACAUCUACGAGUUCAACAGCGAGCUGCUUCAGGAUCUCGACCAGUGUGACAACGACCCCGUCGCCAUCGCCAGGUGCUUCGUCAUCAAGAGCGAGUACUUUGACAUCUACACACAGUACUGCACCAACUACCCAAAUUCGGUGGCGGCGCUGACUGAGUGCAUGAGGAACAAAUCUCUUGCCAAAUUUUUCCGGGACCGCCAGUCCUCGCUUAAACGUUCGCUGCCUCUGGGUUCAUACCUGCUCAAACCUGUUCAGAGGAUCCUUAAAUACCACCUGCUGCUACAGGAGAUAGAGAAGCAUUUUGACCCAGAGGAUGACGGUUAUGAGGUGGUAGAGGAGGCUCUCUACACUAUGACGGGAGUGGCAUGGUACAUUAAUGACAUGAAGAGAAAACACGAACAUGCUGUCCGACUCCAGGAGGUUCAGUCACUGCUGCUAAACUGGAAAGGUCCUGAUCUCACCACAUACGGAGAAUUAGUUCUGGAGGGAAACUUCAAGGUCCAUCGAGCCAGAAAUGAAAGAACGCUCUUUCUCUUUGACCGGGUGCUGCUCAUCACCAAACGUCGCGGCGAGCACUAUGUCUACAAGACGCACAUCUCUUGCUCCACACUGACGCUCAACGAAAACGCCAAAGACUCCCUGAGUUUCAGCGUCAUGCAUUACAAAAACCCCAAACAGCCUCACACCGUCCAGGCUAAGACGGUGGAGGAGAAGAAGCUCUGGGCUCAUCACAUCAAACGCAUCAUUGUGGAAAACCACCAAGCCAUCAUCCCACAGAAGGCAAAAGAAGCUAUCCUGGAGAUGGACUCCAUCUAUCCUUCCAAGUACCGUUACAGUCCUGAGCGCCUGAAGAAAGCCACAUCCUGCCACUCUGACGAGUUCCCACGAGAUGCUCGUCAGGGCCGCCGACAGUCAGAGCCAAUCAAACAAACCCUGAAAAGCAACAAAGCGCUGCUGGAGUGCUCAGAUGACAGGCGCUCUCUGCGGGCCACCGUCAGCAGCAGCAUGCUGGGGGAGUCUGUCACGGAGGAGGAGGCGGAGCUCGGCAGCAGGAAGGACUCGCUAGAGCGCCUGCUGUGCAGCGUGGAAGAGGCGGGUCAGUUGGAUGAUGCUCUGCUGGAGGACAAGCAGGAGACAGAGGGAGGCAGCGUCUCUUCAGACAACUCUAACAAAGAAAAUGGACAACUCCCUGAAGAAGAAGAGCCAGGUGGCACCGAGCCGACACCUAAGCAGCCAGCAGUAGAGAAGCUACCACAGGAGAAGAUGUCUGAACCAAUCUCAGAACCAGAACAUUUCACUGAUCAGACCCCUUCCAACAUCUCCAAUUCCUGUCGAAAUUCAGACAACCUGAAACCUGAAGUAGAUCCAGAACCCACAGAGGAGCCAUCCUCAGCUACACCUGAUUCAGAUUUGAAGACCUUGAGCAGUGGGGAGUCCUCUGAUGAUGAGGACAACGAGAAGGAGACAGCAGAGAAGGAAGGCGAAGCCACCAGCAUCCUCCCGUCCUCCGUCCUGGACAAAGCUAGCUCCAUCGCCCAGCACUUCACCAACAGCAUCAAGCGAGGCACCGUGGCCCAGGAUGACGCCCGCUCGCUCGGUUGUCCUUCACCUCGGUUACCCAGCAGGAGUGGCAGCAGCCUCAGCCUGAGUGCCGAAGCAGACGACCGACCUCCGCGGCUCUGCAGCUUUGUUGCCGAUCCUGCAGAGACCUUCGGUGGGUCCGAUUUGACCAUGUUGUCUCCUCGAGAUGACAGUCUCUUUGACAGCGACCGAAGCAUUAGGCGAAGACGGGACUCUACGCUGUCCAAGCAGGACCAGCUGCUCAUUGGGAAAAUCAAAAGUUACUAUGAAAAUGCUGAAAACCAAGAUGCCACUUUCAGUCUUCGGCGCAGAGAGAGCCUCACAUACAUACCAUCUGGGUUGGUCAGGAGCUCCGUCAGCCGGUUCAACAGCACCUCGACCUCCUCCACCUCCACUGUGGACCCUACUUAUGCAGAGUCACACUCUGCUUUACCCCAAAACACCCAGGAUCUUAUGGGCUGUAGUGGCUCUUUGGACUCUUUGAAGUCUGAACAAAGAAGCACUGAUCCAGAAGAUUCAGAAGGCAGCCAGGGGUCCAGGUCUCAAAGUGUGCAGGAUAAUCUCUCUGAUGAUGAAGACUUCAAACCUUCAUCUGAAAUGAUUAAGAUCUGGCAGGCGAUGGAGCGAGACAUCAAAAAAUCCCAGAGUGAAGAUGGAGGGCAGGAUCAAACCAAAGAAGCUGCAGUAACCUCCAGAACCUCCGGCCUUUCUUUCCCAACCAAAAACUCUUCCCAAGAAAGCAGAGCUUCUGAUCUCAGAACAAUCAAAGAAGAGUUGACAAGCCCUAUGCCCCUCAAGCCCAAAGCCUCGGAGGUGAACCGGACAGGAAGCGUGAGGGACACGCUAAAGAUGUUUGGGGAAGAGGCUGCCGUCCUCAGGGCUCCAGUGCCUCAGGUCAACCAGCUGAAGGUGGAGGCAGAAAAGGACCACCCCAGUAGCGCUUUAGACCAGGUGGUCGAAGUGGACAAGAUGGCGAGCAAAGUCCUCCACCUGGCUCGUCAGUACAGUCAGCGAAUCAAAACCUCCAGUCCGAUGGUCCGACAGCGAAGUCAGGGUCUCCUAUUUGGAAAGAAGAGCUUAGCCAGUGUGGUAGAGGAGAGGGAAGGUUCGGGUAAAUCCAGCCUGACUCUGCCGCUGGUUUCUCAUAAGCAGGCAACUUCUUUGCCGCUGAGUCCCGUAAACCACGUGAGGUCUUUAACCCUCGGCUUCACCUCCAGCUCAGCGGGAAACUCCAGGGGCGUCUCCUCGGGCCGGCCUCACUCUCGCAGCCCCCUCAGUCCACCUCCUCCCCUCGAAGGCUUCAACUGGCCCGAUGUCCAGGAACUCCGUUCCAAGUACUCCGCCAACAGCUGCUCCCAGAAGAGCGCAGUCAGUCGAAGUCGAUCCAUCCCGGACCAGUUCGACAGCAGUCUGAGGAGGCACUCCAGCUGCUCCUCAGGCUGCUUCCUCGCUGAUGAAGCUCCCAGAAGGGUUUCUUCACAAAGGCCUCACAGAAACGCCAGCCAAGAGGAACGCAGCAGACGGCUCCUCAGAGCCAAUUCCCUGGAUCCUCGGCUGAGUGAAUCUCAGAUGAGUGAGUUGCAAAAGCACCAGGACCAGGUGGCAAACGACGGUUACUACAUUGCAGCUGAGGCCCCCCUAACAAACGACCCCGAACACAAGAUCAUUGUCAUGGAGAAGCUUCCAGAGCCAGAAGAAACAGCCAGAGACAAAACAGAUGAAAGUUACGUCCAGAUCCGUUCACCCACCAGCAGAGAGAAGAUCUCCAUCAUGGCUGUCAUCGACCGGUGCCGGGCCUACCAGGAGUCUGACGAAUACCAACAGAGGGAGGAACUGAAGGCCAAAACCGAGCAGAACAAGUCCACAGCAUUGUCUGCUGAUCAAGAUGUUUCCCAGAAAACGAGAUCAACCUCAGGACCGAAGGCGGAAGGUCAGCAGAGCAUCGUGAAGAACCUGAGGGAAAGGUUUCAGAGCCUGAGCUGAAGAGAGAGUUGUCCGAGCUCUCCUCUACAUGUUACAACUCUCAGUUUCUAACCAAAGAUGUAACAAUGACAAGCUGCUCAAGUUUUAAUGAUGACAUAAUUAUUUAAUUUAUGUGAGCAUGAAAGGAAAAGCUGUUCUAGCAUGUGGUAAUGGCACAAAUGUUCAGGGGGGUGAAAUAUUAAAACAAAGAAGUUAUCAUAUGUGUAUAUAAAGUCUGCAGUUAGAAUUCUUUCUGCUAUCUGAGAAAUGUAAAUAUCUUAUUGGAAAUCUUGAUGGGAGCACCUUUCUGUGCAGGAUGCCAUGUUUUACACAGGGUUAUUACAUCAUUUUCUGUCCAGGUGGAAUCAGGACUACACUAAGGGAUCGCUUAAAGCUCCAAACUGCAGCCACUUAAACUUAAACUUUAAAGCUCCACUGUGAGAGGACUAACCACUAAACUCACAUUCAUUCCCGGUGUAAAAAGCGACCAGGUUGAGUGUGUGCUGUGUGCCAAGCAUUUCACCUCUUCACCUGACCUCCCUGAAGCCCCAACUCCUGUGACUCAGAGGUCAGACUGAUGCAGUCGUUUGGAAUUACUGCAGCACUCGAUCACUGAUUUUAAAUUUCAGAAUAUGGAUUUUUGGAUUUUAAAAAUAUGGAGGUCUACAUUGUCAGCACCAGACUCACCUCUUUGUUUUCAGAGGUCUUGUUGCAGAAAUUACGGCCUUCAUAUUUCACUUGUUUGAUGGUGAUUUUAUCAGAGACCACCCAUUCCUUGGUGAUAAUGAGUCUUUGAACAGUCACCUCUGAAUCACCAGAGCUUGGUUGGGGUAUUUGGACCACCCGGAGCAGCGGGGUGUUGGUAACGCCACCGUUCGGUGAGGUCAGAUUGUUCUUUGUGUUAAUGUCUGCUUGAUAUGAAGGCAGCUUUAAUCCCUCCGUGACACACAACCACAAAGACCAAACCGUCCUUUAAAGGAGCGGUACUUUAUAUUGAACUCUCUGUGACUGGCUGCGUUUAGACUGUCUGUAGGGGGAUGUGUUGGCUCCAAAAGAAGAGGAAAAGCCCCUCAGAGUUUGUGUGAUCUGCACUUUGUGAGUUGGUAACUAGUAGAGUGAGGAGCUGACCAAGCUGGUCGUGACUGAGGGCUGGGGUGAGAGGCCUCGUCACGAUCAGGACUUCCUCUCCCGGAUCCGCCUGCUAUAGAUUCAGACUGUUGAGACUAGAAGACGGUUCAGUGAAGCCAACAUGAACGCACCUGAUACCUGCACACAGUGUCAGUUAUUGAUCAUCAGCUUCCAGUCACACUGAUUGAUUGUGGUCACCAUGUUAAAGUCAGACUGUUCCUUCCAGUGACUAGAACUUUAAAGAUAUAACCACGAGUAAUUGUUCACGACAGCCAGAGCAGUGCACAGAGCCCCAAACCUGCCUCAUUAGAAAAAAUAAAUAAAUAAACACAGGUGAUGGAUUUAUUACCUGUCCAGUAAUUACUAAACUGUAAAUAAGUGAAGUACAAAUGAUUUUUUUUUUGUUUGGCCAAGUUCUCUUUUUCCUGUUAACAAUCAUAAAUAUUCAACUGUAAAAGUCAUUAGUAGUUUAUUCAAUAAUUGAUAUUUAAAGGAAUUUCAGUUUUUGUGCCUUGUUGUAUUUCAUCAUAUUUUAUGUAAGUCAAUAUUUUCCUAAUAAGUCAUGUGUUGGACUCUGCUGCUAGCACUUUGUUCAGAGGCACAUGGCAGAUUUCAACAUGUGACUUCCCACCUGCAUAUCCUGCUCCUCAGUCCACUGUCAACAGUAAUGUGACGAUGUCAUUUACUCCUUAUUUAUUUGAUCAGAUGUAAAUAGAAACACAUCACCUGUCUUUCUAUAAAUGUGUGCGUGUGUGUCUACAAAUGUGUUUGUAUGACGUCUGUUCUGCAA